AUGGCGAGCAACAGCACCGCCAUGAUGCAAACCUUUACCUUGCGCACUCCAGCCGGCACGAGCCAGCUGGUGAUCUUGCGCCACCGCAUCGCACCAUUCUCCCCGACUAUGCUCAACCUCAGCCCCGAUCACUGCCUCAACAGCAUUCCUGCUGCAGACCUUGAGCUUCAACUCAUCGAAGGUGUCUUCGGUCGUGUCUAUGUCCUCUCCCGCAUUCAUGGAGAUGAAGUCAUUCCAGUCAACGUGGAAACGGUGCCCACCAAUACCAACAUGCCUGCACUGCAUGUCAUGGUCUCGGACAAAGCCCGCGGCUUGCCCCUCCACGAGUUGCUGGGCCAUCUUCUACGCAACGCCUCCCCAGCACCGACUUCCACCACUGCUCCCGCAACCAGCACUUCGAGCAGUGUCAGCAGCUCAAACGGCACGCCCACCACUAACGGCAGUCCCCUCGCCGCACCGCACGGCCCAUAUGCUCCCACUGCCCACGCCCAUGUCUAUGCCCACCAUUCCCAACCCAUGACUCAUCACAAUGGGCUGCUUCCUGCCCACGCCCACGCUCACGUUCAUGCUUAUGCUCAUGCCCACGCUCUUGCCCACGCCCACGGGACCGCCCCGCCGCAAACUUCCAAACGUGGCACAUCAAGCCAAAGCCAUGGCGCUCGACGCAACAGUGCCUCCAACUCAUCGCGCCGCUCAAGUACAUCGGGACGGCGAGCGUCCGACGCCACUGUUGCUGCUGCUGCUGCUGCUGCCGCCGCCGCUGCCGCCGCCACACCUGCUGCUGACACCAAUGACCAUGCACCAGCAUCAACCCCUUCACCAGCACCACCCCUGCCUCUUGUUUCCGAUCUUGGCGUCACAAGCGAAGAGCAACACGAGAUUCACCUGCGCUGGACCCUUCCCGCCGCGGCCAAUCCGGACACGGUCUUUGACAUGCAGAUGUGUCACAAUGAUGCGUUUGCUGAAAAUGAUAUCACGUCUCUCGGUAGUACCAAGCUCACUGAUGCCAGUGCAACAGCCAUGACUUGCGUCGUCGAGUUGACUGACCUCAAACCCGAUUCCUCGUAUCGAUUCUUCGUCAUGGCGGAGAAUGAACAUGGCACAUCGGCACCAUCGUCUCUGCUUGAGAUUCGGACCAUGGUGGCCAAAGUCAAACAUGCCGCGCAAGUGUCUUGCAAUAGUGUAGCGCAGACGACGGUUGACCUUAGCUGGGAAGCCAUUCAAAAUGCGACAGAGUACAUCCUGGAGAUGGAUGAUGAUAGCGGCUACGGCUUCCGACCAGUAUAUACUGGCAUUGAUACCAACUACAAGGUGGUGGACUUGACGCCAAACUGUGACUAUCGGUUUCGACUGCGUGUCGUCAACCCUCGAGGCAAGGGUCCAGCUAGCGAAGUCCUUGAUAUCAAGACGCGCCCUGAACGACCAGCUGCGCCUGGCGCUCCCCGUGUCCUGGGUCGACCAACUCAAGACGCCCUCGCACUUGAGUGGACCGUGCAUCCAUCCGCUCAGGACAAUGACACCCCCCCUUCCUACCUUGUGCAGCGUGAUGCUGGUCAGCCAGCUCAAACCAUCACCAAAAAGGGCACUACCACGUUCAACUAUCAACCGCGCGAGCCAUUCGCUGUCGUGUACGCUGGACCAGAGUUGUCGUGUCGCUGCCAAGACUUGAAAGCAGGGCACGUCUAUCACUUUCGUAUGGCUACGGUAGAUGUGGGUGGCCAGUCUGACUGGUCUCAGCUAACGCGCACUACCACAGCCCCCAACGUGCCCGGCCCUGCCGAAGAUGUCACUUCAAGUGGCAUUACUGCGCGGAGUGCCCUCGUACAGUGGUCGCUCCCCGCCUUUGGUGGCGGGGCCGUACUGUCUGGCUACUCGAUCGAGUGUACCCCACAAGGCGCGACCGACGGUGCGAGCAAUCCGUUGCUACUCGAUGCCACAGAGCCCAGUGUUUUGCUUGAUGACCUUGCUCCUGGCACCCCGUAUCAAGUUCGAGUGCGCUGUCGAAAUCGUGCUGGAGACGGCGACUGGAGUGCGCCUUGUACUUUUACAACCUUGGCCGAUGCCCCAGCCCCGGUGACCAAUCUUCAAGUGGUUAAAAAUGCCCCCCGCGAGGUGGUGUUAUCCUGGAUGGAUGGGCCUGCACAUGGCAGUGCGAUUGAAGGCUACACAGUCGUUGCCAUCACUGGGCAGGAGCAAACGUCCACCAAGGUCAAAGCGCCCACUGUCACUCUGAAGACGUUGAAGGCCUGUACGGACUAUCAACUAUUUGUGCAAAGCCACAAUGCUGUCGGCAUGGCCCUGCCAAGCAAGGCUGUGGCCUUGACCACCUGCGCCACUGCACCAGAUGCGAUGCCCCCCCUGCGCGUCAUCGACGUAUCCUCGAAUGAAGCCCGUGUGGCCGUAGACCUACCUCUGGACAAUGGCGCUCCCAUCACGCUUCUUCGAUUCGAGAUUGAUGGAUCGAGAAUUCUGGACGUGACAGUAGGCGAGGAAACGGAUUUAACCCGCAUUCCCUUGCCCAAUUUGCAGCCCGACACGAGACACAAGAUACGCUGCCAGGCCGGCAACAAGGUCGGAGUUGGUGCGGCGAGUGCAGCAGUGAAUGUGCGCACGCAAAAGCUCCCCCCUCCACCCCCAGCUCUGCAAAUCGUCAGCGCCACACAUAACACCAUCAAGCUGAAAUGGACAAGCCAAGCCGAUGUCUUGGAGACAGAAGUGCUGCUUCGCCUCGGCACUGGCGAAGAGAACAUUGCCUUUGCUGGCCGGGCCAAGACUGCGCGCUUGACAAAGUUGGAACCCUCUCAGAACUACACCUUGCGUGCGCGCGAUCGCAAUGAGAUCGGCUGGGGCAUGCCUUCAGAUCCGAUGGAAUGCUCCACCAUGGCUGCACCAGUAGCAGCCCCUGAGCUACCCAAGACCGAGAGUGAUACGUUACGGAAAUCGGUGCACAUUACCUGGCCCAGCCCUCAGCUACUGGAAGUGCAACUGCGCGCUGUGCGCACCGCGCACACGUGUUGUGUACGUACCAGCCCGGAUACCGAACGCACCGUUCAACUGGGCCUUGAAUAUCAAACCGUGGCAAAUACAACUCUCUCACAAGUCGAGCUGUUGAACCUGGAGGCUGGUGCAGAUCUGGAGCUGAGAGCCCGUCAUCCUGGAGGCUUGUUCACCCAACCCCAGAUUCUGGGCAUCCCUGAGGAACGCCAUCAACCGAGCAAAGUUCAGUCUGGCCGUGGAAGAGACAGCCUUGCCUCCAGCACUGUACACACUGAAGAUGAUGGCCAGCUCGUGAAAAAAACACAGGAACGAUUUCGAGCGGUGCAGCAGCGACACGCGCGCAAGCGAGGUUUUUCUGUUUCCAGCGGCCAAAUGGUGGCCUUUGUGGUAUUUUUGUUGCUAGUCGUGCCCAUUGCGUUUCACGUAUAUGGCAGGGACUAA